AUGCGCGAUCACUGUCAUCUAACGAGUCGUUACCGAGGCCCCGCACACUCACGCUGCAAUCUCAAUUAUCGCAAUUCGCAUAUCAUCCCCGCGUUCUUUCACAAUUUAUCGAGUUACGACGCACACUUCAUAAUCGAGCGAAUAGCCAACUCGUUCGAAGGCAGCGUCGAUCUGCUGCCGAUCAACAAGGAAAGGUACCUGUCCUUCACGAAAAACAUCAAGUGCGCACGCGUCAAGUGGAGACAGCGGGUGAAACUACGUUUCGUAGAUUCGUUCCGAUUUCUCAGCACGAGCCUCGAUAAAUUGGCCUCGUUUCUCGACGAGGAUAAACUACGCGCGAUACGAUCGACGUUCUCGCACCUAACCGCAAGUGAUUUCGCGCUGCUCACACGCAAUGGUGUGUUUCCGUUAGAAUACAUCGACAGUGCCGCGCAAUUAACGGAAACCGAAUUACCGUCACGUGACGCUUUCUACAGUUCGUUGAGCAACGAAAUUGUCAGCGAGGCCGACUACGAACACGCCGAGACCGUGUGGAGACGAUUCGACGUACGCAAUUUCGGGGAGUACAGCGAUCUGUAUUUGAAAACGGACGUAAUGCUGCUGGCUGAUAUCUUCGAGAACUUUCGCGACGUGUGCACCGACAGUUACGGCUUAGACCCGGCGCAUUAUUACACUCUGCCGGGCUACACGUGGGACGCCAUGCUAGAACACACCAAUGUGCGUCUCGAAUUACUGACCGACAUCGACAUGGUGCUGUUCAUAGAACGCGGUAUACGCGGCGGACUUAGCCAAUGCUCGAACAGAUACGCGCGCGCCAACAAUCGAUAUAUGUCGGACAGAUCGAGCAGCAGCAGCGAGGACGCGUCUUACGAAUCGUAUCUAAUGUAUUACGAUGUGAACAAUUUGUACGUCUGGGCAAUGUCCGAACCCCUGCCUUACGGUGACUUUCAUUGGCUCGACGAUACCGAUAUCUUGCGCCUAGACGUAACGUCCGUUUCGCCGAUUUCAGCGAUCGGUUAUAUCCUGGAGGUCGAUAUCGCGUAUCCGCAUGAACUGCACGACGCUCAUGCGGAUCUGCCGUUUUGCCCGACGCGCGAAUGCCCGCCCGCUGAGCGUAGCCGCAGCAACAACAAAAAAUUACUGACCACACUGCGCGAUAAAUCGCGCUACGUCAUUCACUAUCGAUGUCUGCAGCAAUGCAUAGCGCACGGGCUCUUCCUUUCCUGA